AUAAGCCAAAAUCUAUUUUUAUUUGUUUUUAUCGCACUGUUACACCGUGUUACGAGCUUUCAAAUUUUUAUUAUGGGCCGUGGUCGCAAAGAAAAGCAUCAAUCACGUAGUCGCAAUCGAAGAUCUCGUUCCCGUUCGCAUUCCAAGCAUCGUCCGACACGCUCCAGUUCCAUAACAAGUCAACCGAUCCAGGUAAAGCGCCGCAAGGAGCGCAUUAACUCCUCAUGGGAUAUACCACCGAUGGGUUAUGAGCAUCUCUCGCCCGUACAGUACAAGGCGAUGCAGGCAAGUGGCCAGAUUGCCUCUAGAAUUGUGCCGGACGCACCGCCCACGGGUGAGUCGGCGGCCAUUGCGACGGUAACGCGACAGGCCCGUCGGCUGUAUGUGGGCAAUAUUCCCUUCAGCACUACCGACGAGGAUAUGAUGGCGUUUUUUAAUGAGCAGAUCCACCGUUUGAAUGGAACACAGGGUCACGAUGGCAACGCCGUGCUCACCUGCCAGACGAAUCUAGACAAGAAUUUUGCGUUUCUCGAGUUCCGUUCCAUGGAUGAAGCAACCCAGGCCAUUACCUUUGACGGUAUUAGCUAUCGUGGCCAGACACUCAAGAUACGACGACCGCAUGACUAUCAUCCGGUUGCCUCAAUAACCACCGCGGAAAUAGUUGAAAUAGCCAAGGGAGCGACGCAAAUCCAUGCCAGCAAUCUACCCAUUUCACCAGUGGUGCCAGAUUCGCCGCAUAAAAUUUACAUUGGUGGUUUGCCCACCUGUUUGAACGAGGAGCAAGUGAAAGAGCUGCUGGUGACCUUUGGCCAGCUGCGGGGAUUUAAUCUGGUGAAGGAUACCAUCACGGGCCAGAGCAAGGGUUUCGCCUUUUGCGAAUAUCUAGAUCCGUCCAUUACGGAACAAGCCAUUGCCGGUCUCAAUGGCAUGCAGCUAGGUGAUCGAAAGCUUGUAGUGCAGCGCUCCAUUGCCGGCGUACGGAACAUGGUGGCCAGUCAGUUACCCGUGCUGCAGGUGCCUGGUUUUCCCAUCGAUGUCUCCACUUGCAAGGCCACCGAGGUGCUAUGCCUGCUGAACAUGGUGCUGCCAAGUGAGCUGCUGGACAAUGAUGAGUAUGAGGACAUACGCACGGAUAUUAAGCAGGAAUGUGCCAAAUAUGGCAAAGUGAAAAGUCUUAAAAUUCCACGUCCGAUUGGCGAUCCACCCCAAACCGGCUGUGGCAAGGUUUUCGUGCGCUUCGAGUCGAUCGAAGACUGUAAGAAGGCACUGAACGCAUUGAGUGGCCGCAAGUUUAGCGGACGCAUUGUGAUGACAUCCUUCUACGAUCUAGACAAAUACAAACGCAAAGAUUUUCAUUAAUA